UCUUCAGUGCGGAGGCGUGAAAAUAUGGCGGAAAAUUUUUUCCUUCACUAGUGUCAUUACUAGCGCACGGACCCAAUUCUCCCUCGAUGUGGAAAGAAAAGAAAGCGUUAGGCAUUUUCCAUGAAUGAGGAAAAAAAGAAGGAAGAAUGCGGGGAAGUGGAGCAACUUUCUGGGGGCAAAGCUUGUGCACUGGGAAACUGCCGCCAGGCGAUGGAAAACAGUGGGAAAGUAAAAGAAGAGAAAGCUCAAAAUCAAGAGGGCCUUUCAGCUCCAGAAAAUCAACGUGGUGCACAUAUGGAGAAAAAUGAAAGCAGAGAUCAGCUGAAACAGGAAGAUGUCAAGGAUGAAAAUAAAGUGGAUAGUAAUAAAGUAAAGGAGGAUGAGAAUGAAGAAGAAUUAAGAAAGGAAGAGGAAGAAGUGCAACAAGCUAUGAAAGAAGCAAAAGAACUGGUUGAUCAGAAACUUGCUCUGCGGGAGAAGAAUCUUUCUGCCAUUGUCCAACGACCUGAAGAGUCUUAUUUUAAAGGAAAAGAUUCUUCUGUGAAGAAAAAUUCUGCAUUCAUCAAGAAAUUGAGGACAAUCACAGAAGCCCAGCGUGAGUCUCUGGAGCAGGAAUUUGCUGGUUUGAACCUCUCAAGAUAUGUUCAGGAAGCGGUUGCUGCAGUUAUCGAUGGUGUACCCAAAUUGAAGCUAGCUGAUGUGAGAUGUGCAGGUCAUGUCUGUGGCUUAAUUCAUCAAGUGUAUGGUGACUUCAGUGAACCACUGAAAAAGGGACUUGUUAAGAUAUUUGAUGGAUAUGGUGGCAAAGAUGAGGAAAAGCUUGCAAAUGUAAGCAAGUAUCGUGUCACCAUGAGACUGUUGGGGGAGUUGAUUAUUGGUGGAGUUUUUCCAAAAUUGUCUGAAGGCAUUAAGACACUCAGUGCAAUCCUUAGUAACAUGGUAAACUGUGAUAAAGAAAGCCAUGUGUAUGUACAGGUGAUAAGCAGCUUUGCUCGUCAUUGUGGGGAGGACUUUGCAGGCUUCACAUCCAGGAAACAAAGGUUGAUGUCUGAGAAACACAAAGUAACAUUUCCAAAGUGUGGUAUAGUGCCUGAUGAGGAUCAAGCAGUUAUUCAUCAACACUUUCUAUCUUAUUACAAGUCACUUUCCAUCCAUCUACUUAGAGCUCAUAAGGAUCUUCAAAACAGGGAGAGGCAGAAUCGCCAAACUUUAAUGACAAAAGGUGAAUUACACCCUGAACGAAAGGAUGCAUUUGAAAAGGCACAGAAGGCAUAUGAGAAGCUGCUAGCCAAUACAUCCUCUUUAGCAGACAUACUGGAUGAAGACAUGCCUGAUUUGCCCCAGAAUGAGUUUGUCCAGCAAGAGGCUGAGGGAAGCACAAUCGAUGUGUUUAACCCUUUUAAACAAUCAGAGUAUGAUGGAAGUGCAGGCCUGUGGGAAGAUGAGGAAACAAGGAUCUUUUAUGAAAACCUCAGAGACCUCAAGGCUUUCUUACCAAAGAUCUUGUACAAAGAUGUUGGGAAAGAUGAAGAAGAAGAUGAUGAAACAAAUUCAGUUGCAGAUGAAAAACUAGACAUGCAAGAGCUGGAAAUGAAAGUUGAGGAGUUUGAAGAGCUAGGUGAUGACAUUGGUGAUGAGGAAUUCAGUGGAAAAGAAAGUGAAGAAGAUGAAGAUGACAGUUCAUCUGGAGAAACACUAAGCUCAUCCACUGGACAAGCUCUGGAGGCAAUUAUACAAAGACUACCCACAUGUGUCAACAAGGACCUUAUUGAUGAGGUAGCAACAGAGUUUAUGCAAACAUGCAACACCAAGGGAAACAGAAAAAGGCUUUGCCAUGCACUUUUUGGUGUUCCAAGGAUACGGUUGGAUCUGUUACCAAUGUAUGCUCGCCUGGUGGCCACUCUUGAUCCCUGUGCUCCUGAUCUUGCACCUGAGCUUAUGCAGCAGCUGAAAGGAGAAUUCAAAUUUCGCGUGCGUAAAAAGGAUCAGAUUAAUGUUGAGUCAAAAAUAAAGACCGUGAGAUUCAUAGGUGAAUUAACUAAGUUCCAUAUGUUCCCAAAAGGAGAAGCUCUACACUGUUUGAAGAUGCUUUUGGAAGAUUUUACCCACCAUAACAUUGAGAUGGCCUGUAACUUGUUGGAAGUGUGUGGCAGAUUUCUGUACCGCUCACCAGACUCGCAUAUCAGAACUAAAAACUUGUUGGAGCUGAUGAUGAGAAAGAAAGCUGUCCAGAAUCUGGACAGUCGUCAGUUGACCUUGAUUGAGAAUGCGUUCUUCUACUGUAACCCUCCAGAAAGGCAAAAGGUUGCUCAGAAAGAGCGUCCUCCGAUGCAGGAGUACAUCCGUAAAUUACUCUACAAAGACCUCUCCAAAACCACAACAGAGAAGGUACUACGACAAAUACGAAAACUACCCUGGAAUGAACCACAGGUUGCUUUGUACGUAAUAAAGUGUCUGAUUCGUGUGUGGAACAUCAAAUACAACAGUGUACACUGCGCUGCCAAUCUGUUGGCAGGCUUAGCACAGUAUUAUGAGGACGUUGGCCUGUAUGUCGUUGAUGGAGUUUUGGAAGAGAUUCGUCUUGGAAUGGAGACAAACCUGCAGAAGAUGAACCAGCGUCGUGUGAGCUGUGUGAAGUUUUUGGGUGAGCUUUAUAACUACAGAUUAGUGGAGUCACGUGUCAUAUUCAGCACCCUUUAUUCCUUUAUCACCUUUGGAAACAACCAGGAAGGUGUUGUUUCAGUGCUGGAUCCUCCUGAACAUCUGUUCCGUAUCCGUCUGAUGUGUACUUUACUCGACACCUGUGGACAGUAUUUUGAUCAUGGAAAUUAUAAGAAGAAACUUGACUGCUUUCUUGUCUACUUUCAAUGCUACAUCCUGAAGAAGAAAGCCGAUCCCAUAUGGAAUGAAGGACACCCAUUUCCGCGUGAUGUUGAUUACAUGAUUGCUGACACUCUUGAGUCUCUUCGCCCCAAACUCACCAUCUUUGCAAGCCUGGAGCAAGCUGUUGAAACUCUUGAAAAGUUGAACAAAGAGCAUCAAGAACAGAUAGAGAAAGCCACCCCCAUUGAGCAAGACACUAACAUCCCAGAACACGAUUCAACUCCAAUGCCAAUUCCUAGCAUGUCUUACAGCAAAGUUGUCACAGAAUCUCCAGCUGCCUCGCUAAGUAACUCUCCUUGCCAGUCCCCUAUGCUGCGCGAAGAAGAUGAACACAGUGAGACUGGGGAGAGUGAAGGUGAAGACGAAGAAGACGAUGAGGGACGUGGUACCCAUGGGACGGAAAAUGAUAAAGAAAUUACUGAAGUGGACAUAAAUGAUGUGGAUAUGAACAAGGUGAAAGUCCUUAGUCCUCCAAAGCAGGAACAAACCGUCGAAGACAAGGCGUUUCUUGCAGCCUUUGAUAAGUUGAUGUUAGAUGACAUUCAGAAUCGCCGGGAAGAAAACCCCAAGGUGCCGAGUUUGGAUGUAGCAGUUCCAAUGCACCUGAAAGGACAGAGAGCUCGUCACAACAGUUUGACUGAAGAGAGCGAAAACCUAAACUUUGUUGUCAUGCUGAAAAAGGGAAAUAAACAACAAUUUAAAGAUCUUCAGAUUCCUCUUAGUUCUGGUCUGGCGGCAAACAUCCGGGACAGACAAAUGGCUGAACAACAGGAACAGGAAGAGGUCAAGAGAUUGGUGUUAGAUUACAAUCAGAGACAAGAAGAAGAGAUUUAUAAUGAGAUGCUAGCUCAGCAAAGACAGGCUGGUUCUGAACAGUCGUCAAGGUCUCACCAUCGCUAUAACAAGAGACGACCUCCAGAGGGCAAUGACACCAGCCUUGUGUUUGCAAACUUAACCAGGAGACGUUGAGCACAAUGGAAGGGGUGAAGUGUGGCGCGUAACCGCUGAAGUGACUCCCCAUGGGCGCAGCACGAGAGCAACCCAUGUCUCCGGGCUUGGUCAGUCACUCAGUCUGCACCACAGGUUAUCCGUUCGUGGUUUGUCAUAUCAUACAAAGUCUUCGGGGGAAUUGUUUGAAUGCCUGCAAACUAUUACCAAAAUUCAUGCCGUUCGCAGGAAGAAUUUUAGAGGGGCUCUGUCAAAAGCAAACUGCUAAGUAUGAAAUAGAACGUAGUCACUCUUGCGUUCAUUUUAGUCAAUAAAGUCUUUUGAACGUGCGAAGGCUUUGAGUUCAAACGUUUUGGAUACUUAUUAGCUGCCAAGACUUUUUCGUGUUUGUCUUGAUAUGAAUUGGUUGAGCUACGAAAAUUUCUU